GCAUUGCAUUCACAACCCCACUCUUUCUUUUAUCCUACACCACCUUAUGAACCUUGAUAACCUUCUCAUCCGAGCUUAAUAGCUUUGUUCAAACGGGUGUUCGCUUCCCCAUCUAGCUUUCAAGACCUACCUACCUAGUACUCGAAUAUAUAUCAGAACUCGCUUCAAACAUCAUGGCUACCCCUAACCCCCUUGAAAAUGCUCCUCCAGCUAUAUCUAUAUCGGAAAAAACGUUUCACAUCGCUGGUAUCCUAACAACCAUUUAUGGUCUCGAGGAAAUAUCCCCAUCAUGUACAUCCAUAUCAUGUCUCUGGCUUCUCCACCCACGACUCCAAACCAAGAAAAUCAUGGAAAAUGUAGCUUCGACUUGUAUUCGAGGAUGGAAUCAACAAUCAGGUUCCAAUCGAACGGUUGCUUUGAUCGCGGUUGCUUUUGAUCAAAGAAAUCAUGGAAGCAGAGAAGUCAAUGCUUUAGCAAAUGAGUCGUGGAGAGAUGGUAAUGAGACUCAUGCUCAAGAUAUGUUCAGUAUAUUUCAUGGAACGGCAAUGGAUACAAGUCUCUUGAUAGAUCAUUUACCUUCCUACAUCUUCAAUACCAGAGAUUCCCCUUCCAUCGACCAACAUCUCGUCUUGGGUAUCUCUCUCGGAGGUCAUUCAGCAUGGCAAGUUUUGUUUGCUGAUCCAAGAGUCACUGCUGGUGUGGUGAUUAUUGGAUGCCCUGAUUACCUGCGAAUAAUGACCGACCGAGCGCGUCUCUCCAAACUCUCCACCUACACAUCCACCUCUCCCCCCGGCAUCUCCUUCCAGGGAAGCAAAGACUUCCCGCCCGCCCUGAUUUCCAGUCUCCAAAAAUGGGACCCGGCAUCCAUUCUCUUCGGAACAUCUCCCAUCCCCUCGACCUCCCCACCAUCCCCUCAAGCCCAAUCUCUCUACACACCCAUCCUCACCCAAAAAAUCGCCCACAAACGAAUCCUCGUCUGCUCCGGCGCCGACGAUAAAUUGGUCCCCUAUCAUUGUUCUGCGCCCUUUCUACAAUUUUUGAAAAAUGCCACCGAUGCGCAAACAGGCUGGUGGAAUGAAGGUGCCUUGUUUUUGGACGAUAGAGUCUAUCCUGGAGUGGGUCAUGCGUUUAGUAAGGAUAUGCUGGGUGAUACGGUGAAGUUUGUGAAUGAGACGCUGGCUGGGAAGAUGGGAGAGGGUACGGGCAGUCAGGCCAGGAUUUAAGUUUUGUGAAUAAGUGGGAGCAGAGGAGAGGAGGAAGAAUGAAAGGGGGAUUGUUAAGCUAUACCGCGGGGUAGAUAGAUAGAGAGAGAUGCCUCCUAAGUAGAUUGAAUCUUAAACUAUCUGUC